AUCUCCGUAGAAAGUGUGGAGAAAAGUCAUCUGAGUAGCUGACUUUUUGCGUUAGAAAAUUCACCUUUUCGCGUAAUUUUUUGUGUUUCUGCUUUCCGAGAGGAAAUCAUAACUUCUGCUCCACUAAGGAAUUAUUAGGAGAAAGACCAUUCCACUAAGAAAAAGCAAUUUAUCUGUGACAAAUGGGAAUUGAUCAGGACACACCUUCAAAGUCGAAUUUAUCCGUGAAAUUACUGGCGGAAGUGUUUGCCGAAAUUGAUUCUAAUGUCCAGAUAGAAUCCUUCGAAGAAGCUCAGGGCUCCAGGCGAGGUGAUAACUAUACGGCGGCACUCUUUCGCAUUCACGUGAAAGGAUUCCUGCUGUCAGACGGAAAUACUGCCAAGAGGAGCAAGUGGGAGUGUUCGCUCAUCUGUAAGAGACUUCCAGAUAGCCAGGCCAGGCGUGAAGCCUAUCGAAGUGAAGCUCUCUUCCGGAAUGAGGUGUGUUUUUAUACUAAAAUCGUGAGGGAAUUACUGUCAUUUCAACAGAGUAAAACACGUGAGUCCUUUAGCUCAGUCCCAAGAUGCUACUUCGCUCGCAGCGAUCUAUUGAUCCUGGAGGAUCUGUGUGCCAAGGAAUUUCAUAUGCCCAAUCGCCAAGAAGGGCUUUCACUGCAACAGACUAGAAGCGUUUUAGUGGAAUUGGCCCAAUUUCAUGCCCUCAGUUUGGCUUAUAAGGCUGAACAUCCACGUGAAUUUGAUGUACUCACAUCUAGUAUAGAAGAAGGCAUUUUUGCGGACUCCAAUCUUGAGUGGUUUCGUAAUUACUAUCGACGGUUGACGCGUAAUGCAGUUGAGAUGGUAAGCCAAAGCUUCCGUAAUGGUGAGGAUGGUUUGUUGUACGUCCAGCGAUUACGUGAUUUCGUGGAUACAGACACGUUCUUUAUGCGAAUGGUGGAACUCGUGCGCGGGCCCAGUGAAUUGGCCGUGAUCUGUCACGGUGACUGCUGGACCAACAACUUCUUGUAUCGGUAUAGCGCUGACCGGAUGACCGUGAGUGGCGUAUGUUUGGUUGACUUCCAGCUAAUUAGAUGCGGAUCUCCUGCGUUGGACAUCGCUAAUCUUAUUUUUUGUUGCACUGAUCAUGCUCUGCGGAAGGAACACUUGCAAAACCUUCUAAAGCUUUAUGGAGAAGAAUUGGCCAAGGCUUUGAAAAAAUUCGGAAGUUACCCGAGUUUCUGUGGCACUUGUGAAGAAGAGCUGAUGGAAAAAAUUCAUGUGGAAUUCAAGAAAUACGCACGCUUCGGACUAGGGCUGGCCAUGGACAUCCUUCCCAUUAGUACUUGCUCAGCUGAUCAGGCGCCCGAUCUCUAUGUACCUUUGGAGAACUCUAGUAGCUCAGCUCCAGAGCUCAAUGUACCACCCAACGAGCUUUGCCGCCAAAAGAUGAGUGAAAUUGUGGUAGAUUUAGUAGAUAACGGACUGCUCUAGAGAGCUUUUGUGGCUUUGUCGGCUGGCAUUCGACAAUAAAUAAUACUGCAUUCUGUUUACUAAGUAAUAAAAAAAAGAUUUUAGGAACAAAAAAGUGUGUCAGAAGUGGGAUUCGAACCCACGCCCUCAAUUG